AUGGCUUCCCAGCAGUGUGGCAAUUCUUCCUGUACCAAGGGCGCCGCUUCUGCGGCCUUGAAGGCAUGCAGCAGAUGCAGGAAGGUGGGAUACUGCUCUCGCGAAUGCCAGACGGUCGCAUGGACCACGCACAAGACGAGCUGCCGUCGUCAAAACUACAUUGUCAAGUUCCACCUGUCCCCUGGAAAUAUCACCAAUCCCGAGGUUGUUCGCACCCUUUCCUGCCCGGCAGACACUAGUCUAUACCAUCUGCAUGUUGCGCUGCAGGUGGCCUUCGGCUGGGCCACAACGCACUCGUUCGACUUUGCUGUCAAGGACCCAUCGUAUCGUGAACCAGACAACGUCAUGGAUGUCAUCAAGCGGAAGAUGCUGAUGUAA